AUCCGGUCUGAUCAGUUAUGAAAACCGGAAACGAAGAAGAGCGGUUAAUCUGUUAACAGAUUAAAAAAAAAAACUAUUGGCUCUUGAUUCAAAUCCCUAAUCCUCUGAUAAACCCUAGUCUUGAGGCGAAUCCCAUGAGACGAUUUCUGCAGAGAGUUCCCAGUUUACUGGCUCGAAAUAUCCUUCACUCACCCGCAAAUUUCCGCCAUUUGAGAAUCAACAACCCUCGUGUUGUUGUUCCUCUCUUCGAACGAGCUAUUUCCCGGUUCGUCUUCUUCUCUUCCGAGUCCGACUCGUCGCGUGGUUUCAGAACUGAAGAGGUUCUUUCUAAAGAAGAGCUGAAAAAAAGAAUUCAAAGCUUUUUGGAUGAUGGAAAUGAGGAUGCUAUACCUGAUUUAUUUGAGGCAUUGAUGAUUAGGAAGUUAUCAGGGAAGCACGAUGAUAGUGAUGAUGAAGUGAUGGAUGUGGUGCGUAAGUAUCCAGUUAACGAUGCACAUAAGGUUGACGAUAUUGACUCUGAUAUUGAGAGUGAUGGCCAUGGUGAUUCGUCUGAUUCAGAUAUUGAGAGUGAUGACUUGAGAGAUGGUGAUUCGUCUGAUUCCGAUGUAGAGUUUGAUGGUUUCAAUGAUGUUGGCUUGUCUGAUGUCAAUAUUAAGACUGAUGCCCUGAAAGCUAAUCGCUCGUCUUAUUCUUACUCUGAAAGUGAUUAACACAUGACUUAUGCACUACAUUGAAGAUUUUGAAAGGAAGCAACUGCCUAGUGAAUGGAAACAGAUCAGUUUUUGGUCCAUGUUGGCUGUAAGUUCUGCCUUUUGAAUAUAAUUAGAAAUUUAAGUCAUAUUUUGUGCUUAGUACAAUAGUAAUGAAGUAAAAUAUAUAAUUAUGAAGGUGUUCUCAUU